AGGAACGACGGAAGGUAACUGCGUUACAAGGGUUGCUUGCGGAGGUAACCACGUUGACAAGACCCGAAUGUUACAAUAUCUGGAUUCGAAGAGUACGACUAGCUUGCCUGUGCGUGUGUACAGUUGACGUGAACAUGUUGGAUCAUGUUAUUGGUUACAAAGAAUUUGGAGAUGUGAUAGUCCUUGACGUUAGAACAACACCCAUGUCAGGAAUAACUGGACUUCAGCCCAGGCGAGAAGAAGGACGAGAUUGAGGAUCGAAACAUGUGAUGGGCUGCUGUCAAUCUAAAUCUAAGGUCAAACCUAUUGUAGCAUCAUGUCCUGAAUGCCACAAAACGUAUGAUUCUUCUGUUAUCGCAAAUAUCGGUACAGAGCUAUACGAGCACAUAGCAACAGCACAUUGUCCUGAACAAGGUAGUAUCGAGUGUGUCCUGUGUGACUCAAAAGUCUUCUGUAAGCCAUCUCAGGGAUAUAUAGACCACUUGAGAAAAGAGCACAAUUUCGCUGCACAGCUUGAAAAUGGCAGCGUUGGUGGUCAUGAUAUCACUAUUACUUGCCCCGAGUGCUCAAAAACAUUCGAAUCUAAAUCGGCAGAAGAUUUAGGUUGUAAUCUGUACGAUCACAUAUCCUCUCUUCACAUUUCGGAUCAGAUCACAUGUUCUCUGUGCGGUGAGGCUGUCAAAUCCACGGACUACAUCUCACAUCUGCGGGAGAAUCACGAGUUUGUAAACCGAAACGAAGUCAGGGAGGACGCUCUUCUGGUUACCUCCUCCCAAGCUGCUACCCUCAAUAACGCUCCUCAACCAACUCGAGAAGGGAGGCCCAUACCGAAGCCCGGAGAUAAAGUGUUGUGUAAAUGGGGUAAAUGGCAGUACUUCGACUCCACUAUCUUAAGUUUCGACGAGAACAAGUUGGAGUAUUACAUAGAAUGGGAUGACCAAGACCCAUCAGACCGGCAUGUCUCCAUCGAACAUCUCGCUGUCAACCAAUCCCCCUAUGAAGAUGAAAUCGGUAUUGGUUCCAUGGUGUUGUUCCAUCAAGGCGGAUAUUGUGCUAGCGCGGAGGUAGGCAGACUAGCAGGAGUCAGGUGGCAUCAAGGCAAGAUCACCAGCAUCACAACUGCAGCUGACGGCACUAAACUUUACAGUGGAACUCAUUCUAAAUCGGCGUCUGACGGCAAGUGGGUGACAUAUAAAGGUUAUGAACCAACUUUCUCCAACUACAAACUAGAAGAACUGCGGUGUGCACCUAACUUAUUCGACAUCCUCGAGCAAAACGUAUCUCAACAGAACCAGGAAAUGAGCUUUAACACCAAAUGUGAUGUUUAUCUGUCCUACUGCCCCAGUGAUAGUUUGGUGGACGUGAAAGCAGGCCUCGCUAAGUCUCCCAAUAAAACCAGGAAUUAUGAGAACAUGAACGACCCACUUACGAUCAAGAAAGAAUUAGAAUCUCUAGGCUACAAAGUUCUCAGCAACAUCCGUAACGGCCAUAAUCGUGAGCUAGACCUCAACAAGAUCGUGUCCUGUAUCAAGAACUGUAGCAUGUUCAUCUGCUGCAUCAGUGAUGAUUAUGCUGUGAACGAUAACUGUCGGAUGGAGAUGCAGUACGCCAAGAAAACUGCCCACAAGCCCUCUAUUCCUAUCAUUGUUGGGGACGGAGGUUGGGAUUGGCAGGCCACAGUUGUAGGAAUGUUAAUCGCGGGAGAGAGAUAUAUUGACUUCAAAACAAGGGAUCUAUUCGAUGAGAAGUUUGAAGAUUUGAGGAUCCAGGUAGGCAAUAUAGCGGGGAAGGACAAACCAUCCGGGACAGCAGAAUCAGGUGAACAGCAGGUUACAACGCCAGAAUCCAACAAAAAAGACAUAUUUGUAAGCUACUGCUGGAAUAACUCGUCUCUCAGCGAAGAAAACAAUGAAAUUCCAAAACUUUUUGGUAGCCAGUGGAAUGACCCAAGAAAGAUCAAGUCUCUUCUUUCUGAAAAAUAUAAUGUAUGGCUGGACAUAGAACAGCUGACUUCAGGUCAAGCGUCAGGAAUGUUCGAACAGAUGACCACUGGUCUGAUCAACUCUAAAGUUGUCCUUGCUUUCAUCUCUUCUGAAUAUGCUAAAUCAGAUAACUGCAAAAUGGAGUUCCAGUUCGCGGCAAAAUCACUGAGGAAGCCAUUCAUCCCAAUCUGUGUGGGUGAAGAUAUGGGAUGGAGGGAAUCAGUGAUAGGAGCGCUAGUGAUGGGGAGCGGUGUUCCCACUAUCGACAUGUUGGAAAUCUCCGGGGAGAGUCAUCUGGAGAAAAAGAUGGAGGAAAUAUUCGAGAGGUUAUCUGAGCACAUCCAACCCACCCAAGACUCUGAUUCGCUGGGCGAGGUUCAGCCUGACAGUCCUCCGCCCGACUACCAAUCUGCGAUAAAGUCACGUGCACCACGUGUGGGCGAUCACGUGAUCUCAUUUCACUUUCGUCAUGCGUACUACACUUCCACCAUUCUCUCCUUCAACAAAGAGGACAUGACUUAUUAUAUAAAGUGGGAUGAUGGUGAUCCUUCCGGGAGAAAUCCUAAAUACAACCAGGUCGGUCUGAACAUUGAUCCGGAUGAUGAUGACAUCGGAGUAGGGAGCAGCGUUUUCUUCCCACAAGGGUCUUACGGAGGAACAGAGGGAAACAAUACUGGUGGGCUGAGGUACCAUGAGGGUAUUGUGGAGUCUGUGGUGGAGAGAGCUGGAGUUAAAUACUUUAGUGGACAUCAUCUGCGGGGAGAUGAGGAUGGAAAGUGGGUCACCUACCGAGGAUACGAAUACUCCUUCAGCGACAUGACUGUCACCCAGCUCAGGAUCGCUCCCAACGCCAUGGACGCACUUUUCAAUAAUUUUCAUGGCCUAAAGACUGAUCAGAGCAAUUAAAAGUUGUUUUAUUUCGUUGAGAUUCAGAAAAAUUGAAAGCUAUUAUUAUCGUGAAUAUGAAUCAGUGAAGACCUUUUGCAAUUUGUGAAUUUAGGGAUGCGGGAACUUCAUCGACACUGGGCUACCCUGUUCAUUGAAUCGCUCCAACUAAAAUACAACUUAUGGUCCGAGGUUUAGUUUUCCCACUUUAUAUCACAUAAAUAACCGUUAAAAUGCUAGAUUAACGUGGUUUUUUAAUUUUAUCUUAUGUUUAUUUUAGUUUAUUGAUUUAUUUCUUUUGUUUUAGUAGUUUAGAAGUUUAGAAUUUUCAUUUGUUAUAGGCAUUAUUGUGGUGUUUUUGUAUUUGAUGUACAGAUUCGUAUAAUUAUAAGUUCGUAUUGUCGCAGAAUUGG